GUGGCACAUAUAUUGUCACUGACAGCGGUCACAAAAGGGUAAAGGGUUUUCUUUUCGGGGGAUCUGCAACAGCUGCCGAGUAUCUUGAAAAUACGCAAAAGUAUCUGCCCAUCUGCCGAAACUUCAAAGUGUGCCUGCUUAUAAAUAUACAAAAUUAUUUAUAAACUUCUAAGCAUCUAUAAACACAUAUCCCCAGGAAAAACUCUCUUUUUAAGUUGCUCACGAAAAGAUCGCCGGUGAGGUAUCCGAAAACUCACUUGCGCUCAUUUUAGCCACAUAUACGAUAUAUCUGACGACAAUGCAAACACCAGACAAAACCGACAGUCAGCUUAUUUUGGUGCAGCAGAAUUUGCGAACACUGCCUCAGGAAUUAGUUAAGAACCAUGCUGAUCAUGUAGAGCAACUGGAUCUAAGCCAUAACUGCAUAAAAGAUCUCUCCUGGCUAGCGGAGUUUGAGCAGCUGCGCCAUUUGGUCCUUGACAGCAAUCGAAUGCAUGAGGCCCAUCUAAGGACUUUGACACGCCCACUGCCACAAUUGGAGUUUAAUGACCUGCCAACGACAAUGCGUCUGAUCAGAAGGUUCUUUCCCAACCUGCAGUAUUUGAGCCUUCAUGGCAAUCCAAUAUGCCCAGAUGGUCUCGAACUGCAGCCCUUCUCCACUUACCUGCGUUACGACUACGAGUACUACAGCAAUUACAUUGCACAGUCGUUGAGCAAACUGAAAUUCCUGGAUCAUGGUCUAGUUCAACGCACCUACCAAUACGAAAGUUUUCCGCUCAAAAAUUAUGCUGGAAAAAGUCUGAUCCAAACAACCAGAGUUUGAGGUGGUAACAGCAUAAAGUUAGGAACUUAUAUUGGAAAAUGUAUUAGAAAUUAUGAUUAUAAGUCAUGUUAUUACAUAAAAUAAAAAAAUUGUUUUUAUAA